GCCUCUCCCGGAACGACGACGAUGUCGUCGUGAAUCUCAUCCAGAAUACCUUGGACACAGCAACCUUGUGUGUGUGAGAGAGAGAUGGUGACGACGGACUGGGGGCCGAUCAUCGUGGCGGUGGUGCUGUUCAUCCUGCUGUCGCCGGGAUUCCUGUUCCAGCUGCCGGCGAGGUUCAGGGUGGUGGAGUUCGGGAACAUGGGCACCAGCGCCCUCUCCAUCCUCGUCCACACCAUCCUCUACUUCUGCAUCCUCACCAUCGUCAUCGUGGCCAUCGGCGUCCAUGUCUACUCCACCAAACCCGACCCCGUAGAGUAAAUUAAAUUUAGCUGCUUCCAUGUAUGUGUUUAAUUUUUCCAGUGGUGGUUUAACGGCGUUGGUGUUUUUGCCCCUCUAUAUGUAUCUUUUUGUAGUAUAAGGUAACAUACAUAUAUACAGUGUUUUUUCAUGCUGUACUAGAUCAACGA